AUGGGUGGUAUAAUACGCACGGAUCCCGAUGGCAGCGGAGAGGUGGUCGCGCCUGGAGCGCUUACAAGACAACACAUCGAGACCAUCGUGGUAUUCGAAAGACUGGGUGCCGCCUUGUCGGUCACCGGCGUCCUCUUGAUUUUCAUCGCCUACGCUUUUCUUAAGCGACUCCGAUCCGUGCCGAAUACCUUCAUUCUAUUUGCAUCUUUCGCGAACCUCGGAGCUAGCAUUGCCUGCUUGAUGGGAUACUCAGGAGUUCUGGCAGGAUCUAACAGCCACCUAUGCCAGGCUCAGGCCUUCAUGUUUGAACUAUUUAUGCAAUCAGAUCCAUGGUGGUCUUUUGCCAUGGCAGUCAAUGUAUACAUGGUAUUCUUCUUCUCCGCGAACCCCAACAGUUUUCUUCGUUACUGGUGGGCCUAUUUCUUGGUUUGUUAUGGUAUCCCAUUCAUACCCUCCUUAUGGCUACUAGUGGUGCGCGGCGGCGAUGGGCAGAACGUAUACGGUAAUGCAACGAUUUGGUGUUGGAUAGAUAAGGACUGGUCCAACUUGCGAAUCUAUACUUAUUACCUCCCUAUAUGGGUCUGUAUCAUCCUCUCGACUUGCAUCUACGUUGCGGUUGGUUAUUAUGUGUUCAAACAACGUAAUCAACUCCGCAACCUAUCGCUGAGCAACCCUGCCCGCGAUGUGCCGACCGCGCGUGAUUCAGGAGAGAAGACUCUAUUCGGAAACGCAGCCAUUAUGGGUAGCAUCAACCGGGAAGUAGUACAAGUAACCACCGUCAACUCGUCAACCGCGCACCCCAUCUCCGGCCCCUCAUCCUCCAGCGCCACCGCCACCGCCGCGCCACCGCAGAACUGGUUCGACGGCCCUCCCGACAACCAAUCGUACUUCGACGGGCCCGCGACGCCCAUCUCGGCAGCAGCGGCGAACCCGUACCAGACGACGGUGACGCAGAUCAGCGCGGACCCGGCGCCGCGCACGGGCCUGCGGGCCCGCGCCCGCGAGAACUGGCGGCGCUGGCGCGCGCGCCUCGACCACAUGGACCAGGUGAAGCUGGCGUACCUGCGCACGUCGUUCGUGUUCGCGAUCAGCGUGUUCGUGACGUGGACGCCGAGCAGCAUCAACCGCGUGCACGACCUCGUCUACGCCGAGACCGCUAGCUUCGCGCUCAACCUGGCCAGCGCCGUCGUGCUGCCGCUCCAGGGCGUCUGGAACGCGGUUAUCUUCUUCUCGACGUCGUGGACGGCGUUGCGCGGCGAGGUGCGCGAUCGUAGGGAUGCGAGGCGCGGGAUCCCUAGGGGCUUGAGGGAUGCGAAUGCCGUCAGGGAUGAGCGCGAUCGCGAUCGCGCGCUGGAGUUGGAGAGGAGGCGGACGAAUAAGAUGGGGAAGGGACAUCAUGAUGAUGCGGGUAGUGAGAUUAGUACUGAGAGCACGAUUGCUGGGACUGUGGUCAGCGGGGGCGCGGUUAGGGUUAUGCGAGGCGGUUCGCUGACUAGUCUUUGA